AUGAGAUCUGCUAUUCUUUCCCUUGCAGGAGGUGCCUCCACCGUUCUCGCCGCUGCCCGUGGUUUCAACUAUGGCUCGCAGGGCAACACUCUUGAGGCUUUCGAGUCCCAAUUCCGCACUGCUCAAGGUCUUGACACAACUAGCGGUUGGAACAGUGCUCGUCUGUACACCAUGGUUCAGGAGGGUACAGCAAACACUGUAAUCAGCGCCAUCCCUGCUGCCAUUGCGACCAACACCACUCUUCUCCUUGGUCUUUGGGCAUCCACCAACCAGGAUGCCUUCAACAACGAGCUCACUGCUCUCAGAAACGCCAUCACCCAGUACGGUUCGGCCUUCUCCGACCUCGUCGUCGGUAUCUCGGUCGGUAGCGAGGAUCUUUACCGUAUCUCUCCCACCGGCAUUGCUGCCAACUCCGGCUACGGCCAGUCACCUGACGUCCUCGUCAACUACAUCGGUCAGGUCAAGUCUGCCAUCUCUGGCACCGUUCUCUCCGGCAAGCCCGUUGGUCACGUCGACACCUGGAACAGCUACACCAACAGCUCCAACGCUGCCGUUGUUGCUGCUGCCGACUUCAUUGGUCUUGACGAGUACCCAUACUAUGAGAACACCGAACAGAACUCGAUCUCCAACGCCGCUACCCUCUUCUUCGACAAGUACAACGCCGUUGCUGGUGUCGCCGGUGGCAAGCCCAUCUGGAUCACCGAGACUGGCUGGCCGGUUUCUGGCCCUACUGAGAACUUGGCUGUCCCCAGUGUCGAUAACGCCGAGACUUACUGGAAGGCCGUUGCUUGCGAGUUGAUCAACCGCAACAUCCCUACCUGGUGGUACAUUCUCCAGGACUCUGCUAGCCCCAGCUUCGGUGUUCUUGCAUCCGGCGAGCAGCCCAAGUACGACCUCUCUUGCCCCAGCGUUGCCACCAGCAGCUCUGCCGCUCCUACUAGCUCUGUUGCCAGCGCCACCAUGCCUACCUCCGCCGCCUCCAGCACUACUCUCGCCAUUAGCAAUGCCGUCCCUACUGGUGGCGUGCCUUCGUCAUCUGGCGCUGCUAGCAACUCCGCUGUGUCGUCUGCUGCCGGAACCACUGUUCUUCCCGUCACCACCAAGGCUGCCACCUCAGUUGCUGACAAUGGCGAGACCGUCACCCUCUACUCCACCACUUUGAUUACCGUUACCAACUGUGGCUCUACCGUCUCAGAUUGCCCUACUGGCAUGUCGACUGCUAUCUCUGCCAAGCCCAGCGUCACUUCUGCUGCAGCCUCCACUGUCGUCCCCACUGGUGCCCCUGUUGCCUCUGGAUGCCCUGCCGACAUCAACGGUGCUUACCAGUACCCUCACUUGAUCGUCCCUGUUGACUCCAGCAACCCUAACAAGGCUUACGGUACCCAGUACAACGGCACUGUCAGCCCCAAGAUCUCCACCAUCUUCAACUUCGACAUCCCCGCCUCGUACGCUGGAAAGACCUGCUCUACUGUCUUCCUUUUCCCUCAGCUUAACCAGCUCGAGACCUCCAGCUACUCCUUCAACAACCAGGGUGGAUUCACCAUUUCCCUUCUGAACGGCGUCGCCACCGAGUCGACCACUUACUCCAAUGCUCCCGCUGUCGCUAAGCAGAUCGGCUCUGUUGCCGCACUCCAGCGUGGUUCGUCCCACACUCUCAGCCAGGACGCUUGCCCUGCCGGCCAGAGAGUCUCGUUCGAGGUCACCUCCACUGGCGGUCUCGAUCUCGAGUUCUUCCAGGACUACAACCCCUCUCCUCUGGGUCUUUACGUCCGCGCCUGCUAA